AUGGGCAUCCCGAUGACCCAGUUCAGCAAUUUCAACAUGCAGUUCCAUGGGUUAAUCCCUGGGAAGAAAGCCAAAUCACUCGGCCAGAUCGCCCUCGACGUCGUAUUCGGCGAGAAGAAGAACUUCCGAAAAGAACGGCUGACUUUUGAGAUGUCAAGGCCAAAAGGUGUGAUCACCAUCACAGGCAAUCAGAAGGUUAACGAAGAAUGCCUCCAGAAGGGCUCCCAGAUUGCUGACGAGAAGAUGGCGAUGGCCGAGCUGGAUGAAUACAACAAGGCGGUGGAUUCAAGCGAACUAUUGCAGUCCAAGAAGCCGACUGUGGAAUCCGCUUUCCAGUCGGCAUGA